UGCAGCAAGUAGCUGUGAAACUGCACAGCAUGCAGCCUUGUGUUUACAAGUCAAGCUCAACCCGGAACACUUUAUGGUAUGAACAAGCAGGACAGAGGUGUCAUGGGGCCUCCCUGCAGUUUGGGUCCGAGCAGGCUCAGAAAUGAGGAAGAACAAGAUGAAGAAUCCACUGGAGUAUUAAGAGUACGAGUAGAAGAGAGUGUUUUUAACGUAGAUCGGGCCAUCCUGGGACAGAGCUGCGAGUACUUUCGUGCCCUCUUCCGAUCUGGGAUGAAGGACAGCCAGUUGAAUGAGUUCCACCUGCAGGGAGGUCUGAAAGCGAGGGGUUUCCUCAUAGCCAUGGCGGUUUCUCGAGGUGAGAGCCCAGUUAUUCGAGACCCCGAUGAAAUUUUGGAGGCUGCCGAAUGUGCGGCCUUCCUUCAAGUGGACGUUCUAGUCCAGCACUUGAUAGACAUUCUUGAUACCGACAACUGCAUUCUUUUAUACCACACAUCAGCGGUGUACGGCUUGUGGAGGUUGUUUCACAGUGCUGCGGUGUAUAUUUGUGAUGCUUAUACCGACCUGCAGGAUGCUAUCGAGACACUCCCAGAAGAGCUGAUCAGCUAUGUGGAGUCCCUUACACCAGCAUCGUUUGUCGCCCUAGGCACUCAUUCCCCAUCCAUGAAGAUCCUGCAGGACUGCUACAGGACUGUGUUUUAUCUCGAUGAGAAACCAGGUGUUUGGAAAUACCUGACUGAUCUACCAACAGAAGCAAGCACCUCUAUGGCCGGGGUAGCCGUCGUGGACAAUCGGUUGUAUAUCAUUGGAGGAGUGCGGGGAGUUAGCAAGGAGACAGUGGACUUGAGCUUCUGUUACAACACAGAAACUAACACUUGGAGUGUGUUUGAUGGUCCUCAGCAGUCCAGGUAUGACUUUACCCUGGUGGGUCACGAUGGACACUUGUAUGCCAUUGGAGGAGAAUUUGACAAAAGAAUCAUGUCCUCGGUAGAAGUGUGUGAUGUUUCCACAGGCGCAUGGAGGUUUUGCAAGCAUGCGCCUCGUUCGGUGGCUGCGGCGGCUAGUGCUGUUGCGAGGCGUAGGAUAUUUGUGUGUUUCUGGAAGCCUCCGGAUACUACAGAUGUCUAUGAAUAUGCACCAAAAAAUGAUGAUUGGACACUGAUUACCACUAUGGUCAAGCCUCAGAGUUACGGACACUGCAUGGUGGCUCAUGGCGACAACUUGUAUGUCAUGAGGAACGGCCCUUGUGAUGACUUCCUGCGCUGUCUCAUGGACUGCUACAACAUCACUACAGGUCAGUGGACGGCCAUGCCCGGACACUACGUCAAUAGUAGAGGCGCUCUCUUCACGGCUAUGGUGAGAGGGAGCUCUGCAUUCACCGUCAACCGCAAUUUGACCCUGGAAUAUGUCAUUUGUGGUGACAAGUGGAAACCUCGCAGACAGAUGACAGGUUUUCCAAAAAGUGGCUCACUUUGGACCUGCUUGCUUAGACUACCCAAGAACAUACAUACACAGCAGGAAGGUGAUGCAGUGGAAGCACUGGAGAUGGAUGCUAAUUUGGAGAGUGUUGAAGAUGAUCUCAAAGAGGCAAUUCAUCCAACGUAGGGUAGACUGUGGUACUCAAACUUUUUUCUGCUACACUGCAAAAAAUGCUUUUCUUGCUUAGAUUUUUUUGUCUUG